AUGGCUACUCACGAGGGCAAAGACGUUGCCCUGAAGCGUCUCCGGGUCUUCCAAGGUAGAGCGGAGGAACGCAUCAGUGUUCGAAAGAAAUUCUGCAAAGAGGCUCUCAUAUGGCAGCAGCUCCGACAUCCUUUUGUCCUUCCCUUCUUAGGUAUCGAUGGGACAACAUUCGCUCCAUUGAUGUGCAUGGUCUCCCCUUGGAUGUCCAACGGCGGUGUACUGCAGCAUAUCGAGAGGCAUGCUCCAUUAGGCGUUAAUGUUGACAUCCUGUUGCUUGAGAUCGCUGAAGGUUUAACAUACUUGCACGAGUCUGGACUAGUGCAUGGUGAUCUCCGUGGUGCAAACAUUCUGGUGAACGAGGGAUGGCAUGUGCAGCUUUCCGACUUCGGUCUGACUGGCAUUAUCGACGGCACACAACGCAGCUCGAGUCGAUGCGGCUCAGUCCGAUGGAUGGCCCCGGAGCUGAUAAAUCCGCGCGCUUUCCAAUGCAAAGUAUUCCAGAGGACUACAGCGAGCGACGUUUACGCGUUUUCCUGCGUAUGCUUAGAGUUGUAUACCCUCCGAAUGCCCUUUUCAUCCGAUAUGCACGACUCGGAGGUGAUCUUAGCGGUGAUUGAUGGUAUUCGUCCAGACAAGCCGUCACCCGAAGACUGCAAUGGACGAGUGCUGUCCCAUGAACUGUGGCAGUUGAUCACCCGCUGCUGGGUACAGCAACCAGAUCAGCGUCUUACGUCGCGUGAAAUCAUUUCGCUCAUGCAUCGGGUGGUUAAGUCAUAG